AUGGUAGAUAAUCAUUCUUUCGAAUCGACAGAGAAUUUUGAAGAUGAUGAUAAACCGAUAACGAUAUUAGAAAGAAGUGAAUCUUCAGAAGAGAUUACCAAUAGCACAAAAUCUCAGAAUAUAGCAAAAGUUUCAACCAUAUCUUCAAACAACUACCGAAACAGUAGUGAAAUAAAUCAUAUAGAGCAAAAGAAUAAUGAAAAAUUUAAUACAAUUGAACAUACUUCAACAGAAGGCACAAAUCCAAAGUACGAUACAACAUAUGAAGAAUUUGAUAGUAAAAGAAUUAUAAAAGAAAUUGAAAUUAUGAAAUCAGUUUAUGAUACAUGGUAUUUCCAUGCACUACUAUUAUUUGGUGCAUUUAUUUGUUCUUACGGUUAUAGUUUGGAUAGUCGUGUUCGUCGUGUUUAUAAAACAUAUGCUGCCUCUUCGUAUAAAAAGCAUUCCUUAGUGUCUACCAUCAAUGUAAUAGAUUCAGUAGCAUCUGCUACUUCACAAGUUGUAUAUUCUAGAGCCUCAGAUAUAUUUGGUAGAUUAUCAUUGCUUCUUGUUGCAAUAAUCUGUUACGUAGUAGGUACGAUUAUCCAAUCCCAAGCAUAUGAUAUCCAAAGAUAUUGUGCAGGUUCCUUUUUUUAUAAUCUAGGGUAUGUUGGUGUUUCUUUACUAAUGACAUUAAUAUUAUCGGACUAUUCUUCCCUAAAAUGGAGAUUUUUUUACCAAGCAAUUUUAGCGUGGCCUAAUAUCAUUAAUGAUUGGAUUUCAGGUAUCAUAGUGGACAGGGCAAAUCCAAUUAAACAUUGGUCUUGGGACAUUGGCAUGUGGGCAUUUAUUUUCCCAUUAUCUUGCAUCCCAAUCCUUUGUUGUUUAAUCCAUAUGCAAUGGUUAGCCUCACAAACAGAUGAAUGGAAACAGUUGAAGAAAGGAAAAAGCUACUUUAAAUAUUAUGGAUAUAAAGAUUCUUUAAUUGAUAUGUUUUGGAGAUUUGAUGUUGUUGGUGUAAUUCUACUUGCUGCAUUUAUAGGACUUAUUUUGAUUCCAUUGACAUUAGCAGGUGGUACGAAGUCUCGAUGGAGUGAGGGGAAAUUGAUUGCUCCCUUCGUAAUUGGUUGUGUAAUGGUUCCAUGUUUUGCAAUUUGGGAAAAAUGGUUUGCAAAACACCCAAUAAUGCCUUGGAGAUUAAUAAAAGAUCGUUCCAUUUGGGCUGCCCUUACACUUUCAUUAGUAUACAAGUUUGUAUUCGCAGUGGCUCAGGAUUAUAUGUAUUCACUGUUGCUUGUGGCAGUAGAUGAAUCUAUAAAAUCUGCAACAACUAUUGGAUUGAUUCACUCAUUUGUGUCUUCAGUGGGAUCACCAUUUUUCUCAUAUGGUACUACAUUUGUUGGAAGAUUAAAGCCAUUUAUUUUUCUUGGUACAUUACUGUAUAUGCUUUCUUUGGGGCUGCUCUAUUAUUAUAGGGGUGGUAAAUGGGCUCAUUCUGGUAUUAUAGGUGCGCUAUGUGUAGUGGGGGGGUUGCAGCUACUUUUUUUUAUUACACCAUUGACCGUUAUUACUCAAGCAUCUGUUUCUUCUGCAGAUAUGGCUAAUGUGACUGCAUUGAUUCUAACUUUUGAUAAUAUAGGUACUGGAAUUGGAGCUGCAGUCUCUGGGGCAAUUUGGACACAAACACUAUACAAGGAACUUUUCAAACGUAUGAAAAAUAAAACACUAGCAAAAAAGGCAUAUUCGUCGCCAUUAAGUUUCAUUGCAAAUUAUAGCUGGGGAACACCAGUAAGAAAUAUAAUGGUUGAAUCAUAUAGAAGUGUUCAAAGGUAUGAAAUCAUUGUUGCUAUUAGCUUUUGUGCACCUUUAGUAUUGCUAACUUUUGCACUGAGAGAUAUAAACCUAAACCGUUCUACGGAUGCAGACUUGGAAGAUGGGAAACAUGUCAAAAUGACUGACUCAGAUCCCAUUUUUGAUUUCUUUGCUAACAUUUUCAAUAAAAUAUUCCACAGCUCACCAAGAGGAAAGAAAUCAGAUAAUUCAGAUCAAGAUAAUUAUAGUUCCAAUAAUGACAUCCACUAUAUAAACGAAGAAGGCAUUGAGUGUAAAAAUAAUGAUAAAAAUAACUACAUUGUUGAAAAUCAAUAUUACAAUAACUCGGAGUAUCCCAUGGAAGAUCAAAGAAAUCAAGUCUUUUUUAGUGAAGAUAAAGAGAGAUAG